AAGAGGAUCUGAUCCCUGGAGAUCAUUGCCACAAACGUGUGUAACUGAAACCUGCAGCCAUGCUGAAACAGAUAUUAUCGGACAUGUACAUUGAUCCUGACCUGCUGGCAGAACUCAGCGAGGAGCAGAAGCAGAUCCUCUUCUUCAAGAUGAGGCAGGAACAAAUCAGACGGUGGAAGGAAAGAGAAGCUGCUGCAGACAAGGCUUUAGCAAAGAAGCCACUGCCGAGAAAAGCCAACGGGAAGUCGGUGACAUGGAAGCUUGGCGCUGACAAUGAUGUCUGGGUCUGGGUGAUGGGCGAGCAUCCUUCAGAUAAAUCGUACGCGGCCAUCUGUGAAGAGAUCCAGGCACAAAGGGCAAAGCGGUUAGCGAGAGAGCAAGGCAAGGAGGGCAGAGAGACUGACUCUUCUGUAACUCGGUCUCUACAUCCACAACCAGGAGUCCUGAGUGAGACAGAUCUUCACGCGAAUAAAAAAAGCACUGUGGAGGAAAAGAAGGAAAAUGGGAGAAAAGCUGCUGCUGCUACAACAGGGAAAAGCCAGGAGCUCACAAAGAGGGAAAGCAGAGAUGUUCACCAGAUGCUGGCAGACUGCCAUGUGAGGAAGCAUGGCUUCCAACAGACAAAGGAAGCACAGAGGAGAAAUUCAGGAGAAGAGACCACAGCUCCCCAGGAGGCAAUACCACAGAGUCACCCCAGCUUGGAGAGCCAGAGGACACUGCAGAAAUCAGAUGAGAAUGAGCCGGAAUGGCAGGAAUCCUUGCGGAAAUCCAAGGCAGCAGAUGAGAAGAGACGCUCCCUUGCACGGCAAGCCAGGGAUGACUACAGGAGGCUUUCACUGCAGGGCAUCCACAGAGGGAAGCAGGGAGAUAUUUCCAAGGGUGCCACAGCAGGAGAUCGGCGACCACUCCAAUAUCCGCCUCUCCCCCCCAAGCCUAAACUUCUACCUCCUGCGAUGGCAAAUGGGAGAGCAAUUAGGAAAGAGGGAAUCCAGAGGACAAUCUCCAAUUCCACUGAAGAAAGCAUCAUCAAGUGGUUCAAAGAGGAGCAAUUCCCUCUCCGAGCCGGCUAUCAGAAAACCACGGACACGAUAGCGCCUUGGUUCCACGGUAUCCUAACUUCUAAGAAAGCAGAGGAGCUUCUGAAUAAAACAGUACCGGGGAGUUUUCUGGUCCGCAUCAGUGAGAAAAUCAAAGGCUAUGUGCUCUCCUAUCGGUCUGUGGAAGGAUGUAAACACUUCCUCAUUGAUGCCUCCAGUGAUUCCUACAGCUUCCUUGGAGUGGACCAGCUACAACAUUCAACACUGGCUGACCUUGUAGACUACCACAAGGACGAACCCAUCACUUCCUUGGGGAAGGAGCUGUUGCUUUACCCAUGUGGCCAAGAGGACCAAGAACCAGACUACACCUCUCUCUUUGAGUGAGCCUCCCAGCCUCGCUGUGCAGCCCCAUGCUUGUAUUCACAAAGACUGAACUUCAAACUAGAGCUGCUGAUGCUUACCUGAA